CAGCAUUUAGUCUUGAAGAAUUCAGUCUACUUGCUCAUAUAUAGUAUAUAUAAAAAAACUAUAAACUGCUUAGAUAUUUAUGCAAAUAUAAAAAUUUUUCAUCAAAAAAUGUCUCAACUAUUACAAAAUAUGAAAGUAUUGUUGGGGAAAUAUCCCGUGGUGCGGGGUAUGAUAUCUUACAGUCUUAUAUGGCCAACGAGUAGCGUAAUACAACAGACUAUCGAAGGGAAAAGAUGGGGUGAAUAUGACUGGUGGAGAGUUUUGCGUUUCAGUUUAUAUGGUGGUCUAUUUGUAGCACCUACUCUAUAUAGUUGGAUUAAAGUAUCUAGUGCUAUGUGGCCUGAAUCUACUAUAAUGGCAGGAGUGUGUAAAGCUGCCGUUGAGCAAAUAUCCUAUACCCCUGCUGCCAUGACUUGCUUUUACUUCAUUAUGAGUCUGCUGGAAAGGAAAACUAUACGAGAUGCAGCAGCAGAAGUUAGUAAAAAGUUUUUACCAACUUUUAAAGUUGCGCUCUGUGUUUGGCCCAUUGUUGCAACGAUAAAUUUUACUCUUAUUCCCGAACGCAAUCGAGUGCCGUUUAUAAGUGUCUGUAGUUUAAUCUGGACUUGUUUUCUGGCAUAUAUGAAACAUUUAGAACACCAUCAGAUAAAUGGAAAUGAAUUUUAAUUACACCAUUUUGAUUGUUCUGUGUAUUUUUAUAAUA